CCUGAAAAUUUCAGAUCGAUCGGAGCACUUUUCAAACCCGGGGAUAUUUAGCGGCCAUCCCCGGGUUUUGCGUUUUCAUUUUUUAGCCGCCUGAUAUAGGUAAAGUGUGUUGAAACCCGGGUAAGAUGAACGAGUUUGAUUUUCAAAUUUUGCACAGCAUCAUCAUUAUGGCCAAGGAUCAUGGGAUAAUUUUUUCGAAGACAGGGGGGGGGAUGGUGACGAUCCGUUCCCCCCCCCCCCCAAAUAAAUUCGGCUUUAGCUCGGAACCCGCCCCAGGAACAUCCGGCCAACAUUGGUAUCCCCACUUCUCGGCCUGUAACUAACAUUUUAAAGUGGCUGUCGGCAUACAGUAGCGCAAAACGCUUCCAUGACGAAGGCGGUCAAUACGCAAGAAGAUAAAGCAUGAAUGCAGUUGACGUGUGGCAAGCUGCAUCCGGGGUAAAACUUGUCGACAUUUGAAUAUUUUGGAUUUUCUUUUCAAGGACAACUGCAGCAGCUGGAAGCAGGGACGCAUUCCCCCGCGCACAGCAAUCACAUAUGUGUGCUGUUGGAACAUGGCACACCCAGUGCAUGGGCGUAGCAAUCGAUCACAAGACUGGAAAAAAUCUUAUAAUGGUAGGAGAGGUAGGGGAGAUACACGCACGAAACGUGCAGGAAAGAAACACAAAAGGGGACACGGCAAAAAAAGGCACAUCGGAGACAAGCAAAAACAACAAAACAAGCACGCCAUGCUAGCCCAGUCCUCCACCAAGGGUGGUUCAUACAGAAGUGCCAAAAACAACAAAACAACAAGACAAGCACGCCAUGCUAGCCCAGUCUUCCCCCAAGGGUGGUCCCGGAACCUCCACAGAGAGCACAAAACAACAAAACAAGCGCUUUCAUGCGGAUGAUGGAGAAAAUCACCACCACUACAGACGGAGAUCUUUUCAAAGUACAUAAAUCAACUCUUGUCUCUUGCUCUUCCCACUCGAGUCUCAACAGAACGGGGGAACGAACUCAGCUUUGAAUAUUGACAAACAGGACCUGGCCUGAGUGUCUCACGCCACCAGAGCAGCACCACAACCGUUCGCCAAGUACCCUUUUCUCUCGGAAAAAGAUGUCGCUCUUUUAGAAGCAAAAACACAGGAGUCGAAUGUUGCGCUUUGAAAAGCUAAAAGCUGAUAGAAAUGGGGCUAUUCGAAUAUCACUUUUCAAAAGUCACAGAGCU